GGAUCACUCCAGCUGACUCCAGUUCAGGGUAGCUUCCUCCUCUCUGCCAUUCCUUGUCUCUGAAACUUCAGCUUGUCUCUGAAACCAUCCAUCAGUCAGAAUGAGUUUCUACCAGCGUAGCUCCUAUUCCAGCGGCCCUGUAGGCUUCACCGGAGGUUCUGUGAUCAGCCAGCGCCGUGUGGGCACAAUGUCCUCAUCACCUAAAGCCUUCAGUGUCUACGGAGCUGGCUCAGGCAGCACCCGAAUCUCCUCAGGAGUCGCAAGGACUGUGUCUUCUGGCUAUGGUGGUAGUCUGGGCUUUGCUAGAGAUGGUGGCUUUAACCUGUCCUCUGCCCUUGACAAUGACAGCGUUCACAUGAAUGAGAAGGCCACCAUGCAGAACCUGAAUGAUCGUCUGGCCUCCUACCUGGACAAGGUCCGCUCCCUGGAAGCUGCCAAUGCAAAACUGGAGCUGAAGAUCCGUGAGUACUAUGAGAAGAAAGGGCCAGUUGCUGAGAGAGAUUACAGCGCCUACUGGGCCACCAUCAAUGACCUGAAGGAUAAGAUCAAGAAUGCCACCAUCAACAAUGCCAACAUCCUCCUGCAGAUUGACAAUUCAAAACUGGCUGCAGAUGACUUCAAGACAAAGUAUGAGCACGAGUUGAUAAUGCGACAGUCCGUGGAGGCUGACAUUGCCAACUUGCGACGCCUGCUGGACCAGACCACCCUGACCAAGGCUGACCUGGAGAUGCAGAUUGAAAGUCUGCAGGACGAGUUGGCCUACCUGAAGAAGAACCAUCUGGAGGAUCUGGCAUCUAUGAGAUCUCAGCUGUCUGGAAACGUUAACGUGGAGGUAGACGCUGCUCCUCAGCAGGACCUGAACAAGGUUUUGGAUGAGAUCCGCGCUCAGUACGAGGCCAUCACAGAUAAACACCGCAGAGAGCAAGAGGCUUGGUUCAACGACCAGUCGGCAGCACUAAACAAGGAGGUUGCCAUCAGCACAGAGACCAUUCAGACCUCCAAGACAGAGAUCACAGACUUGAGGCGAACCCUGCAGGGCUUGGAAAUUGAACUACAAUCACAGCUAAGCAUGAAAGCAGCCCUGGAGAACACGCUAGCCGAGACAGACGCUCGCUACAGUGCUAUGCUCGCAGGUUUCCAGAACCAGAUUAACAUGCUAGAGUCAGAGUUGUCCCAGGUGCGUGCCAGCAUUGAGCAGCAGGGCCGCGACUACACCAUGUUGCUGGAUAUCAAGAGCCGCCUAGAGCAGGAGAUCGCCACCUACAGAAGCCUCCUGGAGAAGGAAGAGUCCAGGACUCCUGGCACAGGUGGAUCCACCACGGUCACUCACACCACCACCAUACGCAGCUAAGAAGAGCACUGCUUUCUGAGAAACACACACACACACACACGCUAAAACAUAGUUUCAGUGGGUCACUGUUUAUGGUAUGACAGUAAACAAUUGUCAGUCAUGGUCAUAAAACCCAGGAAAUAACUGUUUAAAUCUGAUAGAGAAUAAAUCCACUUCCGUGUUGUUGUGUGUGAGUAAAACCUGUCUCUGAAAAUAAAGCUGCUGGCAAACUUA